GUUGCGCUGAAUACAGUAUCAAGCCAUAAACACAUUCGAACGAGGCAUACACGGGCUGGGGUCACGUAGUAGUGGGGCUUGGCCACCGGAGCGAAACUUCGCUCGAGUUUUUCCGCUGAACGAGUUGACCGGCACCAUUUGCCUUUCAAUCUCGUCUAUGAAGUAUGAAUCCUGCAUAGGGUCAACGCUAGCUCUAGCGCCUGCUGCGGUUCGGGCUUUUAGCUGCCGAGACUUCUCUCUAGUGCGCUCACGGCUGUGAUGGCCAGCGACUAUGGGAAUGAAGAUGGAGAGCAUCUGCUUGAGGAGACGGACGUGUACAAGGCCACCAGCAGCAGCGACUUCGUGGUGGUGCGAAGGCUGCGUCUGUACAGGAAUCGGUUUGUCACGUUCCACAACUUUGAGGAGACCGAGGAGGACAACAAGCAGUGGCUGUUGACGCGGGGAUGCGACCUGAGCCCGCGGACCGUGGCAGAGAUAAAGGAGCCGGUGACGAAGUAUGUGCGGCCGCGGGGGCAGUGGGCCAUCACCACGCUGGUCAAGUCGGUCAAGUCAAGCAAGGCCCACGCCGUGCGCCUGUACAUGUUCACGCUCAACUGGCCCACCAAAUGGGCGGCCAAGGGCUACACCUCCUUCACCUUCGGCUUCCCCUCCGCCGAGGAGGCCCGCCACUGGCACGCCCGCCUGGCGGACUGCAUUGAGCUGGUGCGCAUAGAGAAGGCCGCAGCCGCCUCCUCCUCCGGCGGCGCCGGCGGAAACUUCACCACGCUAUCUAGCGGCCGCACCCCCGGCCUGGUCAGCGGCAACACCACCCCCAUGCACACCAGCAACCACCCGCCCUCCUACACCUACUCCUACUCCGUCGGCGGCGCGGGCGCGGGUGCUGGUGCUGGUGGUGCCGCAGGCGCUGCGUCCGCGGGCGGCGUGGGGAGCAAGCAGCGGAGCGUGAGCGGCGCGGGCGCGCUGCCCAAGAGCACCAGCCUGCAGCACGCGGUGACGCCCACACAGGACCGGGGGCCCAGGGGGGCCUCGGUUGAGGGGCCACGGUCUUAUGCGGGCGACUUCGGCGCGCCGUCCAGCCCGGGCGGCAUGGCGGGCGUGCCGCCGCUGGCGCCGGGCGCGGGUGCGGGCCACCGCCGUAGCAUGACCACGGCCUCGGAGCCAGCGAACCGCUUCCCGGGCGUGUUGGAGGACGACGACGUGCUUGCCAGCCUGGUGGGCGGCGGCAGCGGCGGCGGCGUGCCCAACCACCUCCACAACCACCACAACCACCACCAGCAGCACAACGCCAACGGCACCGGCUCCGGGGCCGGGGCCGGGCGCGCGGCUUCCUCCAUGCCUGUCUCCCCAGGCUCCGCAACCCCGCUGGCAGACGCGGUAGCCGGCGCUGGGGCCGGCGCGGCGCGGCCGCCUGCGGCGGCCGCCGCAGGCGCGACCGGGCCGCGGCAGGCGACGGCGCGGCACCAGCCGCCACCGCCGCCGCCGCUGCGGACAACGCGGCUGGAGGGCGGCUUCAGCCCCAGCAGCAGUGAUAGCGAGGGGGAGGGGGAGGAGGGCGAGGACGACGUGCGGGGCGUGGUGGUGGUGAGCGGCAUGCGGCGGCGGGGGUCGGCGGUGACGACCUCCGCGCCCUGCAGGGUCCCGCGCGGCAGUGCCCGGUACGACGUACGGCAGACGCGGGGCGGGCAGCGCUGGGUGCCGUACAAGCAGGUCAACGGCGUGGCCAUCUACCACCGCCGCCAGACAGCCGGCGACACGGAGGCGGGCAUGGGCGGAGAGUUCAUGGUGAGCACGGUGGUUCGCGGCUCCCCGCGGCGCUGCCUGGAGGCGCUGACCAGCAAAUGCGGCAACACCACCAUCCUGGGCCCGGCCAUACUGCAGGAGGUGCUGCAGCAGCGGCAGGCGGACGACGAGAAGGAGGUGCUGCGCAUCAUCCUGCAGGCGCCCGGCGCCACCGGGGUGCUGUGUGCGCCGCGGGAGCUGGUGGUGGAGACGCUAUUCAAGACGGACGACAGCGGCCCCACGCUGGUCCUCAUGUUCAAUAGCUGUGAGCCGCCCGCCCGCUUCGUGGAGCGCAAGGCCGGCGGCGCCGGCACGCCCCAGCAGCAGCAACAACAACAACAGCAGCAGCAGCAGGCGCAGGCGCAGCAGGAGCAGGACAACAUGUACCAGGCCUCCAAUGUGGGCAACCGGCGCAGCUGGUGGGGCCGGCCUGUGCCCGCCCGGGUGCGCGGCGGCUACACCAUGGCGCCCCUGGAGGAGCACAGCCUGGACAGCAGCCCGGAGGCGCUGGUCACAUGCAUCAUGAAGGUGGACCUGGGCGGUGUGUGCGGCGAGCGCAGUUGGCUGAGGCUGGCGUCCGAGCUGGUGGGCUGGACGGACGCCUUCCUGGACCGCAUGCUCAUGGCUGUGACGCUGCUGCGGGACGAGGUGGAGCAGGGCCGCUUCGUGGUGCAGCCGCUCAGUAUGGUGGCGUCGCAGGUCAAGGAGCGGGAGCGCGACGCCGCCUCCACGCCCGAUCUCGCCGGCCUGAUGACCGGCCGCAGCCAUGAGGGGUCCGGAGCCGCGCUGUCGGGAGCCGGCGGCGGUGGCGGCGGCGGCGCGGCGGCGGCGGGCCGCCGCUGCCUUCCGUCGCGGCUCCAGACGGUGCUGGCGGGCGGGUGCAGCCUGACGGGGGCCGGGCGGCCGGCGUCGUCGGCGGCCGUGCCGGUGGUGGCGGCGGAGGGCGGCUCGCCCACUGCGGCGGGCACGCCACACGAGAGCCCGCAGCUGCUCGACGCACUCGACGACGCCGCACACGCGGCCGCCGCCGGCGCCGCCGCCGCCCACGGCGGCCACACCGGCGGCGCCUUCGCCGAUGCCGACGGCCGGCGCUACGCCGAGGCGGCAGCCGGCGCCUGCGCCGCCGCCGGCGCCACUUGCUCCGCCGCCGCCGCGGCGGCCGCGGCGGCGGUGGUGGCGAUGGGCCCUCGGGACGUGCCGGGUGCGGAGGGGAGCACGGGCGCGCCGCGCUACACGGAGACGAUGGCGGACGUGCUGGAGCGCAUGCGGCGGCUGGCCUUCCUGGACCCCAGCGUCUGGGACGGACUGCACCAGCCAGGCAAGGACGCGCCGUUCAAGGUGCGCGGCCCCACCUACCUCAAGGACCGCAAGAAGAUCCCCGCCGGCAACACCCGGUUCGUGCUCGGCGCCAUGGACGUGAUUGCGCAGCCGCCGGGGCCCACGCCACACGAGCACGUGGCCCGCUUCCUGCCGUCCAUCCGCGAGAGCGGCGCGCCCUUCAUGGUCAUUAUCCAUCUGGUCAUUCCCGGAAACCCGCUGCUGGGCAUCGUGGCCACAUUCGUGACCGACCGCCACCCCAGCGCGCUAGGGCCGCCGCCGCAGCACCCCAUGGAGGACGACCACGACUGGGAGCCCUUUGACUUCGUGCUGCACAAGUACAUGACCGGCACGACGCACGCGCGCAACCACUGCCUGAAGCUCAUCCCGCACAUUGCCGACGGCAGCUGGAUGAUCAAGCAGUCGGUGGGCACCACGCCCGUCAUCCUCGGCAAGCAGCUGCGGACCAUCUACUACGAGACGCCGCAGUACAUUGAGAUCGACAUCGACAUCUCCGCCAAUAACGUCGCCUCCUACGUGACGGGCCUGGUGCGAGGCGCCACACGCAGCCUGGUCAUCGACAUGGGCUUCGUGUUCGAGGGCACCACUCCCUGGGAGCUGCCCGAGGCGCUGCUGGGCACGCUGCGCCUCUACAACCUGGACUGCCGCAACGCCAAACUCAUCGACGUCAGCCACGAGAUCCCGCUGAAGCCCCCCACCGUGGCGCCGCCACCAGUGCCGCCCUCGCGCGCCGCGCGCGGCUCCUUCUGCGCCGCCGCCGCCGCCGCCAGUGCCAGUGCCGGCGCGGGGCUGGCGCCUGCGCCGCCCUCGGCGGCGGCUGGGAAUGGUGGUGGGAGUGGAGGCGGCAGCGGUGGUUCCCUGCACCGCGUGGGAAGCGUCAAUGGCGCGCCGCUCAUGUCAGCUCCGGGGUCGGCGCUGGCCACAGCAGAUAGCCCGCGCGGCGCCUCCCCUACGACCGCGCCGGCGGCCGCUGCUCCCGCCUCUGCGCUGGGGCCGUCGGGCCCGGGCGCGCCGCCCUCGCCGCCGGCCCCGUUGCGGGCGUCGAACUCCAUCAACAGCACCAGCAGCACCGGGUUCAAACUGGGCGGCGCCGGAAGCGUCGCGGGCAGCAGUGCGGUUGGCACGCCCACCAAGCGCUAAGUAAGCGAGGCGGCGCGUGCAGGGUCCCGUGUGCUGCUAAUUGCUGAUGGGUGCCGCUAAUUGCUGCUGAUCGCUGAUGGGUGUACUUGUUGGGUGUAUGUUGGGUAUGGGUGGCGGCGGUGUCGUGGCGUGGAGCGCCGGCGGCACAGCGGCUUGGAGGUUGGGGGCUUUGCGCAAGUGUGGAUCUGGAUCGAGAAAGAGUGAGGGUAUCUGCUUGGGGUGGAGGGCAAAGCUUCUCGUAGGGCGCGUGAAGGCGCAAUCUUCACUUGAGUCGAUUUAAGGUGUAUUUGAUCACAACAGAGGAGUCGCACUAUCGCUUGGAUGCAUGCGUACGUGAGUUUAAGAGUGAGUUUCCCGACGCUUGCAGGACGGGCCUGUGUUUCUUUUGCGCGAGUAGCAGUAACAAUGAUCCGUGAAUGCAAAUAACAGACGCGACUUCUGCCUCUGUGGCUGGUGAACAGCUGUGCCUCAUGAGGUGCUAACGCGAUGGGGUAGAGAUGGGCAGGUGGCUGGCGUGUGCGCAGGUCGAUGCCACCAAGCAACCUGCGUCCGUGAGUCCAACUGCAAGCAAUGGGGCAUGCCGCGCGUGCGGGCGCGCAUAGACGAAAGGACGAGGUGUGCUAUGAAGUCAGUGUGAUCCAUCUGCAUGGCUAGAGCGAGCUCAAACGUGUGCGGGCUGCUUCUUGCUGUGGUACGCAUUGUCGGCUGAUGCGGACGGGGUCGAGUUGUUUUGGUGUGCCCCGCUUUAUGGCUGCCGCCGCCCCUUGCUUUCACGAUUGCGCUUGUACUGAGCUACCUUCCGAUGCGGGACAGGAGGAGGAAGACAGCGGCCCCAAGACUUGCAAUUGGAGCAGCAGCAUUUUGUGCCUUGCUAUCAGCGGUAAUCUACAUGUAGCGCCGUAAUGCCGCUCGCAGAAUGGGAGGGCGCGUGCCAUUGAAUGCACAGGUGGAGCGCCGUCUGUAAUCGCCAUUCCGC